GUUAAUUAGUCAUCAAAUAUCCCAUGAGUGUGCAUGUAUGUGUGAAUUGUCCUGAACAGGAAAAGUGGUUACCGAAAAUGGAUAAAUGGAUUAUUUCAGGUUCACUGAACACUGCUGAAUAUGCCCUAAAUUCCAAUCAUUAAACUUCUUUAGAACCAGAGAUAUAGUGUAAAUGUAGAACCAGGCUGGGGCCACAGCUUUGAUUACAGUUUCCUAUUUCACUAUUACUUCUAUGAUCAUCAUUAUACAACUUCAGUACCUGCUAUUAUAAUUGCAGGACAUUCACAUAGUAACAGCUUCACUCCAAGCAUAGUUUAAUCAGCAGAUGUUCUGAACCAAAUGUCUCUGGAACCGUGGGAGAAAAGCGGAAUAUAUUCUGGAAACCUAAACAGGCAUGGGGACAAUAAACAAACUCUUACCAUCAAUAACUGGUUCUAUAGUGUUUGGUUGUCACAUCCCCUUUACACACAGAAGGCCCUGGGUUUGAGUCCCUGAGUUCUGUAAUGUGGUUUCCUGCUUUAGCAAAUGAAGACAAAUAUAUUAUGUGCAAAUUGCUUUGUUGGUAACGCCACAUAGUAGCUUGCCUGUUAUUGUGAGAUCCUCGGCUUUGUGGAUUAGGAGACUCUGCCUCUAAACAGGAGGUUGCUGGUUUAAACCCCUGGCUUGGUAAAGUGAUUUUGCUGUUGGCCACUAAACAAGGCCCUUAACCCCAGUUAUUUCAGGCAUUAUUUUUUUAGUAGUAGUACUCAUACUACCUCAUCCUAAAUUAAACACAUUAAUCCACAGUGAUGGGUAAAAAAAAUCAGUGUAAGUUAAAACAUUACGAGUUGACAAAGUGCGUUAGUAUAUUAACAUAAAAGAUGAGUAGGGAUCUCAAAGUAGCAUGCUAAGAGAAUCUUGAAAGAAGCUCAUAAUACGAGACAUACCAUGGAUGGGACUUAAAUAAAUGCUGCCUUGCCACUUUUUUCUGGUUUAUGUUUGCAGUAUAUCUGGAAAACUUUUCUUCUUUUCUUGGUUGUUUCUAAUUUUGUAUCAGAUCCAAAUGUGCUUAAAAUGCACCAGGCCUGUUAGGGCACCCAAGACACAAUGCAUAUGCAAUGCAUUUACUUUAUUUACCACUCACUUUUGUCCAAAGUGACACACAAGUGAAGCAGAUUACACUUAUGGCUGUCAAAGAAUCAUCGAGGCAUAAGUGCAGUUAGGCUGUGCUUCCAGUGAGUGCCCUGGUACAAGUGUAAGCAGUAUUGGACCUUUCAAACAGCAAAAAGCUAAUAAGACAACUAUUUAAAUUAGCGGAAACUGCAUUCAAGGAACACAGAGCGGGUAAGCUGGAAGAGGUAUUCUUGGAACAGAUGGGUCUUGAACAGAAUUGAUUGGCCAGCCCAAGCGUGGAGCCCAGGUCCUUCAUCUCUGCAGCAGUAUUCUCUAACCAGCUGAGCUCUGCAGGCUUUUGGCUGCUUGUGCUGGGGAACAUAUUCUUUUGGGGAACUGCAGUUUAGCAAUAUAGUACAAAUGCUUCUUAUCAGGAUCACCAGCUGUCCAGCAUGAUGGGCCACCAGAAGGGGCAGAGACCACUUGGGAUAUUGACCUGCAUGUCUUAAAUAAUCCAAUUAAACACGCUGUUAGGGGAAUGGAGCUGAGUGAUGAAAAGUUAUCUUAUCACAGCACAUAAAAGGUCAAGCGUAUGAUGUUUCACAGGUCAGCUAUUCUCAGCAAGUGGUUUGAGUCUCUGUGUAAGGCAUUUUGAGUAAAAAUAUCUUCAAUGAAACAUUACAAUGCAAUAGAGAGUAUAUGGAAGAAACAAAGUUGCUUUGCAUGGUGUAUGUACAGUCCUUCUGGUCUUCUGCAUUGCAGACUUGAAACAUCAGAGCUGUUUAGUAAACGUCACAUGCCAUGAUCACCAGUGAUACAAUAGAAAAAAUGCUUUGGAGCCAUAACUAAUCUUGAUUUUCUCGUUCUGAGCUGAACCACACAGGCACAUGUUGAAUCUCAUUAUGUUUAUUUUUCCACGGUACUGGGGUGUAUGCAUUUGGAGCCACUGCUGAUGUCAUUGUCUUUAUUUGACCAAGUUCCAUUAACAUGCUGCAUGACAUUAAGUUAUCUUAACAGUGUAUACUGCAAAGUAUUCAUUUUUCCUCCUUUGACCAGUUAUUAUUCUAUAAUAAAGGGUUACUGCUGCAUUUUCAGCUGAUUUAUAUAGAAUCUACGUUACGUUACAGUUAUAAAAGCUACCAUCGGCGUGGCCACUGUAAGCUCUGCGUACGAUCGAUGCAGAGGUAUGAAUCAACCUUUGUGUUGCAAGUAUGGGUCUUUAUAUGAUGUGCGUGUUAUAUACAUACACAUACACAUUAUUAUAUAUAAUAUUCUCUCUCCAAUGCCAAUCCUUUACAGUUACGGCCAUGUGAAUUCUAGCUGUUAAAAAUCCACCCAGCCACCACCCAUUUCAACUUCAACUACAAAAUGACCACACCUCGAAUCUUCUACCACACCAGCUCAGGGACACACUGGAAGCAUUUAUAUCACUUCAUUUACCAAAAUCUGUACUUGUAGAGAGACCAAAAGAAAACAACGACAGGACGGCAGGAGACUUGGAAUCGAUCGUGCAGCAGCACUUUGAUCUGCGUAUAAUUUCUUUCCAACAUUUAGAAUCAUACACCGCAGGGACCGCGCUAUUUCUUUGUUUCUUUAUUUAUUGUCCACAUGGGGAAAAUGGGUUGGGGCAUAAUUACAUUAGAAAUGUCUCACAGAACAAAUAAAACAAUAAAAAAGACCUCGAGUGAAUAACACCCACAACAAGAGACAGAAAAUUCACCGUUCUGUGGUACAAAGCUUUACAAAAGUAGAGAAUAGUAAUACGACCGCACACAUUAAUCAGGAAAAAAAAUCCAUAAUACCUUCGACAUUUUCCCUGUUGACUAAUAAAUUGCCUAGACCUAUUGUCGCUGAAUUGAAGGGAAAUCUGUAUAAUAAGAAUAUGAAACUGAGAAAAAUACAGUUUUCACUUUUCAUGUGAUAGUGAUCAGCAAUAUUCCUUCACGCUCCCUUCAUUUAAAACUACAGGUACAGGUGGAAUUUUGCGAUUUUAUUAAUGUCCAUUUCAGUUGUUUGGGCCAACCUUGAAUAAGACAGUAUUUUGUAAGAGCACGGUACUGUGGUGUACUGGUGUUGCACAAUCUAGUUUUCCCUAAUUCGAGACCACUGUUAAACCCAAAAGUUUGUACUCCGAAAUGACCCACCUCGCUGAAAUCAGUUACACGGAAUUUCGCGACAGUUGGGAUAAUCGUCACUAUUAGCCUACCUGAAGAAAUACAGAGUUGACAAGUAGCCAAAUUGUAAUUACAAUAUAACGAUCACGGGGGAAUGCACCACCACCCAUCCGAUUACCAUGGUGAAGGGUCCAACACCAUAAAAGAGUAAUUCCAUCUCACCUUCACCCCACUCACUUAAUCAUCUUCUCCUCUGCAGGAUACGUAUCACACACUCUGGACCUGUUAAGCUGUUGCGCUUGUUGCAGCAGCAGCAAUCGGCUCUGCAUUGCGCCACUCCCAAGACCAUUUAGCGCCUCCUUAAAGUCCUUAAACUGCGCUCAAGACAGACAUCGCACCCAGUUCAAAAGUUAUUCAGGCUCGCUGAAGUGGACGUGAUCAAGAGACAGCGAUCGUUCAACGAGAUACAGACUCACGUCCUGAGGCAUUCUUUGGAUGUGUAACCUUAAAGAUAACAGAAACGGUGGGAGUGGGAGUAAUUGGACGGGGCAUCCACGUAGGGGAAAAAUAAUUUGACAUGCCGGAAUUCAUCUGAUAUUAUGAUAAAAAGAUCAUAACUGAACUGCACACAACAGGUUAAUUACUUAAAAUUGAACUGAUCUAAUGAUCAGUGUUUUAUCCUGUAUUGGACGCAUUUGAAUCUAUUCCCUUAGAAUGAGUACAGUAGCGGCACAAAGUGCGGCCACACUUAUAUUUAUGUGGGGCUAUUGUGCGCUGUGUGAGUCUUUUUUUACCAACUUCACUUUUAACGAGGACUUACACUACAGCUUCGUGGAGCGGCGCCUCCGCAGUCAGGAGCGCAGGGACAUGCAGCGAGAGAUCCUUUCCAUCCUCGGGCUACCGCACCGGCCGCGGCCGCAUCUCCAUGAGAAGCGCAGCGCUGCGCCCCUCUUCAUGCUGGACCUGUACAAUGUCAUCUCCACCGACGGACGGCAGGAUCUGCACCCAUACAAGCCCGUCUUUACCACCCAAGAACCGCCGAUCGCCUCUCUACAGGACAGCAACUUUCUCAGCAACGCCGACAUGGUCAUGAGUUUUGUCGACUUGGUGGAGCAUGACAGAAAGUCCUUCCCUGUACGGCGUCACCACAGGGAGUUCCGCUUCAACCUGUCACAGAUCCCCGAGGGGGGCGCCGUCACCGCUGCAGAAUUCCGCAUCUACAAGGACUUUGUCCACGAGCACUUUGAGAACGAGACCUUCCGUGUCACAAUCUACCAGGUGCUGCAGGAGCACUCAAACAGGGAGCCAGAAUUACUGCUGCUGGACUCACGAGUCACCUGGGCUGCAGAAGAAGGUUGGCUGGUGUUUGACAUCACUGCCACCAGUAAGCACUGGGCCCUCCACCCAGGAUGGGACCUGGUCCUGCAGUUGGCCCUGGAGACCAUGGACGGCCGGAGUGUGAACCCCAAGCUGGCCGGGCUGGUGGGCCACAGUGGACCCCAAAACAAACAAGCCUUUAUGGUGGCCUUCUUCAAAGCUGCCCAGAGCCGCCCACGCAGAGCCCGUUCUGCUGGCCCCAAGCAGCGGGGCCCCGGCCGGCCCAAGGUCCCCAAGAACCAGGAGGCACCGAGAGCCACCAGCACUGCAGGAAACAGCAGCACAGACCAAAAACAGGGUUGCAAGAAGCAUGAGCUCUUUGUCAGCUUCAGGGACCUGGGCUGGCAGGAUUGGAUCAUUGCGCCAGAGGGCUACGCUGCCUACUACUGCGACGGCGAGUGUGCCUUUCCCCUCAACUCAUACAUGAACGCCACCAAUCAUGCCAUUGUGCAGACGCUGGUCCACUUUGUAAACCCAGAGACGGUGCCCAGGCCCUGCUGUGCCCCUACUCAGCUGCAUGCCAUAUCUGUUCUCUAUUUCGACGACAGCUCCAACGUCAUUCUGAAGAAGUAUCGCAACAUGGUGGUCAGAGCUUGCGGCUGCCAUUGACAGAACUGCCGGUUAUCUCCUGAUAGUACCAUGAUUCAGGAGACAAAGAGAGCAGACUUCCUCCCCGUAGUGGACCAUAGACUCAAAGAGCCCUUACCCACAAUUCACAGGAUGUCAGACAGUUACCUGCAGUCUUGUCGCCCACAAGGAGGUCGGACAGUUGAUCUUUGCGGGCUGGGCAGUGUAGAUACACCAAUAAAUGGAGAACACUUGAAGAUCACCCAGAUGUAUGGAACCUGAACGUGUUAUGUCACUGUUGAUGACAGGUACCCGAUUUGAUGGUUCAGGUUCAUGAAGUGGGGAAUUAUUAUUAUUAUUAUUAUUAUUAUUAUUAUUAUUAUUAUUAGGGUGGUCUGGUGGUUAGAGGCAUUGUUUUAUAGGAGUAAGCUUACUGUAUUAAGUUAAUCUUGCUCCUUAAAAACUGUAAAUGCAUCAACAUGAAAUUUGAUAUCUCUGUAAACCACUUUGGAUGAAAGGAUCUUCUAUCCAAAUAAAAGAUAAAAAGAC